CCCUUUCCUCCGCGGCUCUCCGGCGCAGCAGACCAGCAGCUCUGGCGGCGCGCUCAGACCAGCCGGACCUGCACACAACCACUGGACGCGCUGCUGUUUUUAUUUAUACUUUUUUAUUCUUUUUUAAUUUCUUUAUUUGGCUUUCUCCUUCCCAGUAAUAGAUGUCGCCACAGUGAAACAUCAGAGCCAAUUCGGCUGGACACAGGUCUGUUUCUAAGCUGCUGAAAACAAAGCCGAAGCCUGGAUCGAUCCGCUGAGCCCGACCGCUCUCCAAUAGGAUCGACUGCAUCCAGGAACCCAACUGCAUCGUGCUCUCCUCAAUUUCUGCCUCUUUAAUCUGUUCAGUAAUGCAAACAAUCAAGCCACAAAGCGUGGGACAGAGUUUAGCUUGUACAUAACAAACAGAGUUAAUAAUCCAGUGAAAAUCUGGAACUGCCUUUUAAUCUUGCAAAUAAAAAAAGUGCAAAGUUUCCGAGCCUUAAUUUUGGAGCUCUGUUUGGGAUCAGAGAAACAUUUUGCCGAUAUAUUAAUUGGAUUUUACUUCAUUCAGGCUUUGUGAUCAUGAAUCUCCAGGAGAAGCUGUCAGGCCUUAAAGGGCUGGUCUCACACUCCCACAGCAGGCGGCGUUAUAAAGGGGACCUGACGGUGGACAUGAUCAGCCCUCCCCUGGGAGACUUCCGCCACACCAUGCAUGUUGGACGUGGAGGUGAUGUCUUUGGGGACACCUCCUUUCUGAGCAACCACGGUGGGACGUCCAAUGGGAACAAUGGGGAGACGGAUUCGGUCUCCUCACCUGACAACAAGAUCGGCGCCUUCUUCUCCAGGACGCUUCGUCACAUCAGGCGAGGCUCAGACAACCGACCCCGAGAGGGAGCAAAGGAUCUGUCCCCGCCGCCUCCUGCUGUUUCUCCCAUCAUCAAGAACGCCAUCUCCCUCCCCAGGCUGGACAUAGACAUGCCCAAUGGGAGUCCCACCACCAAAGUGCUCUUCCCUAGUUCAACACCAGAUGAACAGAAAAGCUCUUACGGUCUGGCAUCUGGAUUUGUCACCCUGCCUCGCCUGUCCCGUUCGGAGCGCCAGCAGCCAUCCAUCUCCUCUCCCACUUCCUGCUCCCUCAACAUUCACCGUGGCUCCCUGACAGAUCCAUCCGAUGCCAUCUUGUCCACCAGCACUCCCUCUGUUGUGACCUCCGAACCCAAUCAGACGACCCACACCGCAUACUCCGACUCCCUCAGCUCCCUGGACACCUUUACCUUUGACCUUGGCCCAUCCCUCCUGAGCGAGGUGUUCAGCCUGAUCGACGGCGGCUCAGAUGAGCACGUUCCCACGUGGGAGGAGGAGUCGGCACGUGGGCCUGCCAGCGAUGGGUCGGAAAUGGGUUCAGCUACUAUUUCCUAUGUGGAUUCCUUACUGAGGGAGGACUGCGGUGGCAGGAAGAGUCCACAUGAGCAUGAAGAGGAAAGCGUGGUGAGGGGAUUCUCUGGGAAAGUUCCAGAUGUGUUGUUGGGUUCUCCUGAGCGAGUGGGGAUAAGGAUGGAGAGCGAGCGGUUUCAGAGUGCUACCGACGUGCUAGCACGCCACUACGGCGUCAGCCUCCUAAAAGGACAGAACAAGAUGGAGGCUGGAGAAUCAGAGAUCCAGAGUCCAGACAAAAAGAAAAUAUCCUACAGUUUCAUGGACGAUGAGGAUGAAAUCAAAGUCUGACAGGGGGGAAAAAAUCCUUUAAUUGGGUAAAUCAUUCCCUUUUAAAACCAAUCCAGUUUAUAAAUAUUGGCACAAACCGGUUUUGCAAACAGAAACACAGAUCCAGUGUUCUUAAAGUUCAGUUCUCCAUUUCUAAUGAAACCCUUCCCCAAGUAUGGCUGAAUGGAAAACAGAAACCCUGCAAGAAUUCAAGGAUUUUAAAACAGAAAGAAAGAGGAGACGUAGAAAAUCAGAGGUGUGCCAAAGAAAGUAGCCUAGAUCACCUUCGGGGGGAGGGGAGGAGGGUCUGAAAGUGGAAGUUAAAAAGCCUUCCAUUCGCUUGGUUCCCCUCACACUUCCUCUUCUGCUAAAGAAACAUCAUCUGAGUAAGACUACAUGAUGAUAGCCCAGAGGGGAAGUCUGAAAAGGAGAUUUUAACCGUACUGCAACCCAAUAAACUGUUGCCGACUUUUUACUCAGGAAUAAAACCGGAGCAGAAAAAAGGGAACAGAAGUAAUUAGCAAUAAAUUUUUAUUUUAAAUUGUGCAGGAAUCUCCUGAACCAGAUCUGAACGAUUACACUACAGGGGCUUAGGAAAUAGGAACUCCAGUCACAUUGCACAUUGUGUUGUAUCUGUUUUUUUAUGUGAAAAACACAAAGAGACGCAUAAUUGACUCUUAAAAGCAAGUGAUGGGGCUCAGUUUUAUUUAGGAAUGCCAGAUGAGAUGGGUUGGGAUGUGAAUGCAUGCCUCACUUUUAAAAAUUUACUUUUUUCAGGCUGGAAAAUCAUUCAGUUUCCUUCCCUACCAUAAUUAUGCAGAAACCUCUGCAGUUUAGUCACAUGGACACCAAAUAAAACAUAGUUUGAGGUCAUGAAUGUGUCUGCAAGGCACUGAGGAGACUGAAGCAUGUUUCUUUAACGCUGAAAAUGUUAAAAUAUAUAUAUAAAUAUAUAAAAACCAUGUGCACCUUCUUUUAUUUUUAUUAAGAAGUCCUGUAUUGCCUUUUGCAGAUGUUUUCUUUUGUUCUUUAUCAUACCUGUACAUGAAGAUAUUACCUGAUCUUUGAUUAUGUACUUUACAGUAUGAGCACCUGCAGUGCACAGUGCAGUUUUUGCCCGUACCCAGAAACAGUUAUAAAAAUGUUUAUAUGAAUGGACAAUAAAGACAUUUUUUAAUUA